AUGCUGGGCCGCGCAUACUUUGGACUCGAUCAUGAUCCCACCCUGAAUGGGGUGAAACCCAAUUCGCUCAAAUCCCGCGGUGGCGCGGCCCAAGCGACUAGUACCACGUUAGGGUUAGGAAUUCAAUCAUUCCUUCUAGGUCCAUCAUGGGCAAGCCAGGAAGAACCACGUACGGCCCUGCCGGAAAUCCUGAGAUGCGUCUGCAAUGUUGUCGCACAGGGUACCGAGUCUGAUUUAGAGUCUGGGAGGCGACCCAAGGGACCAGGUCGAUCAGACCACUCUGUCGGGUGCGGCGGGAACCCGCCGCAGAAGGUGCACUGUAUUUCGACCUCAUGGAUGUGGGAAGGUGGGAACUGGAUACAGCACCUCUUGAACGGUCCCACGCUGAUUGGGGCUGGAAGAAACAAGAGAGUGCGCGCGCGAGUGGACAGUAAGGGCGAGGAGAAUUGUCCAAUUGGGGGCUCUGAAAUUGCGAAAAAUGGGCCGAUGUGGAAGCUUGAGGCGCGAGAGACGAAGCAGGCGAGGUCGGAGGGAGCUAAGGAUCCACUGCCGGCGGUCACCGGGAUAAAAUGCCGUCCAAUCAAAAUCUCCACUAUGACGAUCUUCUGUGAUUUAUUGUAUGCCAUUUGGCCAGAGGCAACUGCUGUCCCCAUAGAUCUCCAUAGGUAG